ACUGUGGACAGCAGGCAUCUGUUUGUAAGAGUCCUGCCUAACAUACAUCCUGAACUUUUCCCCCCUAACAGUCAACCACUUCUUGUGCUUGUGAACUCUAAAAGUGGAGGUGGUCAGGGGGCCGACAUGCUAGCGGCCUUCCAGAGAUUGCUCAACCCUCAUCAAGUGUAUAGUCUGACAGAAGGAGGUCCACUACCAGGGUUCUAUGCUUUCAGGUUGAUUCCUGAUUUUCGUGUAUUAAUCUGUGGUGGUGAUGGAACAGUUGGUUGGGUGUUGUCAUGUUUGGAUGACGUCCUUCAGGAAUUGAAGUGUAAGAUGCCAUCAUCUGCUAUUCUUCCUCUGGGCACAGGUAAUGAUCUCUCACGUGUUCUCCAGUGGGGAGGAGGUUAUUCUGGUGGGGAGAGUCCUGUUUCCCUCCUUAUGGCUAUCGACCAGGCACAGGAAGGUUUCCUGGACAGAUGGUGUGUGAUGUUUGAUUCACCGGACAUGACGGUCCCUGACACACUGUCAAAUGAUAGUGGUAUCAGUUCUACUAGUGGAAGGGAAGAUGAUCCGAGUAUUUUCACCAUGAAUAAUUAUUUUGGUAUUGGAAUUGGUGCUGAGCUGUGUUUGGAUUUUCAUCUUCAGAGGGAAGAAGCUCCAGAUAAGUUUCACAGUAGACUUCAUAACAAAGGUGUUUAUUUUAGAGCAGGACUGAAGAAAAUGGUGAAAGGGUAUUCAAAGACAUUUUCUCAUGAAGUUGAAAUAGAGAUUGAUGGUAAAAAACUUGAUUUACCGACAUUGGAAGGAAUUGUUAUUCUGAAUAUUAGUAGCUGGGGAGCUGGUACUGAUGCAUGGGGACCUGAUAAAGAUGACGGUUAUGCUCCAGCUUGUCAUUGUGAUGGCCUUGUUGAGGUAGUUGGUCUUCAGGGAGUUAUGCACUUGGGUCAAAUUCAAAGUGGUAUCAGAACGGGUAUUCGACUAGCACAGGGUGCCCAGGUAAGGAUAGUUAACCUGUUAUCCCAAAACAAACUUUAUUUAUGACUUCAAUUUUGACACUGCUCAUCAGAAGUUUUUAGUUGCUUGAAUUUGUCUGACUUUGAUCGUUUAACAUUAGUUAAUAAGUAAGUUCCAAUUGUCCAUCACAGUCAUUUAGACAGUUAGCAAGUUAAUCAAGUUCAUACCAGUAUUAACUAUUCAACCUGGAUGUGGAUUUUUUUAAUGGCACUCAUCAAAGUUUUUUACAGUUCAAGUGAAAACAACUUCUUGAUCAAGGGAGGUUACAACUCUCAAACUAGAGUGCUGUGUGUUGUUUGUGAGUAGCUGAAUCCUGAGAGGAUUUUAUCACACGACGAUUUGGAAACAGUGUUACAUUUGUAACAGUUUUUCAACGUAGAAACAUGGGAUAAAGAAGUAGAGGAUGUGCUAAAAGUCAGAGUAGAUGGUUAGGAUAACAGAAUGGGGAGUGAAAUUCAAAAAGGUUUAUUAAGAAAGAGAUUGCUACAGUCUUUGGUAUAUGCGCAUGGUACUGUC